AACAAACAUUUAGAAAAAUUGCAACCACAGUUGUAUUAAGAUGAAAAUUUGUCAUCAUCAGGGUUGCAAUGACAUCGGAGUUAUCAUAGCAACGAAAUAACUCCAUGAUUCUCUGCACGGGAACCUUACAAAAUCGUUCACAGGAGCUUUUUUCUCCAAUACGGUCGCCUCGAUGUUCGUGAAGUUUGAGCAAAACCUUAAGAGCGUUUUCGAGAUAUUUUGGAAUGAAGUUUUUAUUAUUAGAAAUACGGAAAGAAAAGGAAAAUCUUGAUUUUUGGCCGUUAUCUGUAGAAAACGAAGCGCUUUUGACCUGCAAUUUCACCUCAUAGUAGUCUUAAUCGUUUUAAAAACAUGUGUGAAAGAUCGUGGAGAUAGCUCUGCUUGAUUGCUAGAAUCGAAAGAAGGAUUUGAUUAGUAUGUAUCGAGACACUCUUGUUAGCGGUUCACAGUGUAAACAUUUUGGUCUACUUUAACAAAUUAUCGAAUAAUUUAAACCGCUCGAUAGAUUUUUUAAAAGAAUUAAGAUUCUUCUCGUAAUUCAGACUGAGAAUUAGUCAGCCACUUCUUCAUUUUCAGACCCAUUGUAGCCUGCGUAGCAAGCGUUUCCAGUCGAACUCGCGCGGAAACGCUUGCUAUGCAGGCUAUACCCAUUGCUAAAUGCUAUCUGCCAUACACCGUUCUUCGAAUUGAGAUGAUUCUAGAAAGUUAUGCGAAAGUUUAUUUUAAUCAAUUCACAACUGGAAAUAGCCCAUUCCUGCUAGUGCAGUACAGUAUAGUGACCAACAAAAAAAAGCUGCAAAUAUGUAAAUUACUCACCACAUGCUAGGCAACCACUGUAAUGUAACUGGAUUAUUACGCCGACUUCAGGUUAAUAUUCAGGUCUUUAAAAUAAUUAAAUAAACAUGGAGACGUCUUUAAGAACUGGCUUUGCCCAAAUUUUCUCUCGCUGCCCAAAAAAUCUGAGUUGCCCAAAAUUUGGGGGGGCUGCAGCCCCCCUCGCCCCCCCGGCCCGUACGCCUAUGAUCACGAAAGUGCCACUCUUACUUGACGCGCACCUAACUUUUACUGUUUCUUUGUAGGACGUAGAUCAAAUUAACACGACAGACUAUGAGGGGCGGACACCAGUUAUGUUGGCGGCGCAGUGCAACUCAUACGCGACGGCUAAAGUCCUGCUGGAAAAUAACGCUAAUGUUGACGUCAGGGACUCGGAGAACAAAACUGUCUUGCACUACGCUAUCGGAAGCUCCGACAUCGUCAAGGAAAUCUUAAAAGUAAGUGCGAGAGAGCCAGCAGGUGUAAUUUAUCAAAGUUAAAAACACAAGAACUUUUUAAGCAACGUACUUUAAUAAUUGUAAAUUGUUGCGGGCGACAAGAGGGACCCACAAUCCUAAUCUCCAGGUUGUUAUUACGCAUGCGUCGCAUGUAUGUAGCCAGCAUUCGUUUGGACUUCCACUAAGAAUGAAUGGAAUGCACAGAAUGCAAUUUGAUCACUCGCGUUUGCACCUUCUAUCACUCGCAACCUGAUCACGGGUGUUGUGACAAUCUAUCACGUGAAACUUACGCAAAGCACAGCGUUUGAGCAAAAGCGUUUUGACCUUCGAUUUAGUUGUCGCCCGCACUCCGUAACCUUUGGUUAUUACUAGUAAAUAUCUUAUUAUCCACACCCCUAAGGGCUCAGUUUUCAGGGAUGAUUUACAACACUGGUUCACUUGGGGGGCUUUGCCAGACUGCUUACGGUGCAGUUUAUAAAUAAUGAAAGGAUGAGUAAUGAUUCUUCCUAUGUGAGUGUAAACUUGAGAAAGACCACCACAUCGGAGUCUACUUCCCCUACUUUUUACGAAGAGUGUGUGGGUUCUUUAACGUCGUACAAAAUAUAUUUUAAUACCUAAUCGCUUCUAUUAUCAACUACCCCUUUUCUUUUUAUUAGGAUGUCAAAGCUAAUUCUCUCAUUCGAGCCAAGGAUCGACUUGGGAACACCCCUCUUCAUUACGCAGCUUGUAAAGGCUGCGUGAAGGUUAGUUUUAACCCACAUUUUAAAUUUGUCUUGAAGUAAUCAGUUCGGGGUUUAAUGAUCUAUCUGGCAGAUUUUUCAUGUUUGAGUAUCAAUUUCAUAUUAGAGUCAUACUACGAAAAAUCCACUGACGCUUUCUAGUAAAGCCAGUACGCAGUAACAUAUCAUCUCCCAGCGCAGCCAGAUUAAAACGGCAUUUAUUGCAAAUGUUAUUGACAUAAAAAGAUUUUUUUUCCAGGAUGCGUCCAUUAUUUUGAUGAAAUAUAGAGCAGGGGCCACUAUUACAAACGGUGCAGGAGAAACGCCAUUGCACAUUGCCGCAAGGUAUACGAACAGCCCACGUUCGAUAUAUUAAAAUUCUAACAUGACUCCAAGCCGGCUUUAAGGUAAAAAUUGAGUAAUGCUUUCCAGAGCUUUAUCUCUAAAAUAGAGGUGGCAACCGGACCAUUUUUCCCAGCAUUUUUUCCCAAAAUUGUAAAUAUAUCUGUUGCUUUUACAAGACUACUAUAUUUGAUUGCUAGGUAUGGCUGUAUGUCCGUUGCUAAGAAAGUGAUGGACGGGCGCGGCAAGAGAACUGUGAAUGCAAAUGAUGUUUAUGAGAGAACACCGCUUCAUCUCGCAUCACAGGAAGGCCACGAUGAACUGGUAGAAUUCUUCCUUAAAAAGGGAGCAAAAAUUGACAGGUCAGCAUGAAUUGUCAUCUCAACUUAGACUGAGCUGUUUCAUAAUACUAUGGCUUAGGUGAUUGACUUAUUUUAAUCUUUCGCUUCAUGAUGUGCACUAUUUACUUUUACGGUACUUAAUAUGAGCUAAAUUGGUCAGCUUCUCACUGUCUUUAGUACUAUAUCUGGCUGGUACACAGUAAAAGGAGGGCGACAUUGGUGUGUGAAAAAUACACACCGUAGACUUAUUGCUACGUAAUAUCACAAUAAUACUGCAAUAUACAAGUUUUAAUUCGAAAAGCGGUAAUCUCCUUCUCGUUAAUUCCCUAUCACAGUUUUUCUUAUGUUCAUAAAAUUUAUAUUCCAAUAGUUAAGCGCUAUUAAAUCAUAACUGAGAGCUACUGCGCAUGCGUCUAUCUUCACUUCUACUGCAUUAAUUCUCUCACUUACCUUUCAGUGAUGUGCAUGGCCAAACGCCGUUACAUUAUGCCGCUCUGCAAGGAUCUAAACGAUCAGCUGAAUUGAUCUUGGCCAGUAAGCCCGAAAGCUUAAAUGUUACGGACAAGAUACAGGUACGUAAUAGAUCAAAUUGUAAGAAUACCCAAUGCUGGUAGAAAAUUAGCUCUGAAUUCGCGCUCUUGACUUACGGUUUUUUCCUAAUCACUAGUCAGACGAUUAGUACUGGUAUUGCAUGUAUAGAAUAUAGAACCAAAGUGUAGUAUUGUUGAAUUCUAAACUGUAAAUGCAACGGGCAUAUUGCAAAACUCUCUUUGUCCUAAUGUACCUCAAACCCUUUACGGCUAGUCCAAGCGCACGACACAACGACGCAAAACUAUACAGCGAAGACCUGCGUCGUUGGGUUAAAAAUGCGUAUUUCAAAUACUUUACUGUAAAAACCAGUAACGCUAACAUUAUAUUAUUAGUCUUGGCCUGCUAAAGCGUCAGUUGUGCUUAUAGCAUGUGUAAAAAUUCUCGUGUUUGUGUUUGCCUCAUGUUCCCCCUCAGGGUGUAAAUUGCACUUUAUUUGCAUUCAUAGGAGGAUUCUUUCAUAAAGUUGAAGACAUAAUCAAUACCUAGAGAAUAUGUUCGUUUGUUUGUAUUUUUUCUUUUUUGACUGACGGCUUGGUUAUCAGUUUAGCCGAACAAAGAUUGAUUUCUUUGGAUUUGUUUGUUUGUCAGUUAUCAGUUUUAAUCGCUUGUAAAAAUGCAAAAGCCAAAAAUUGUCUUUUCGGAAGGUCUGUACGAACUAAUCUGUGCACUUUCUUAUUGCAGUUGAAUUAAUUUCACUUUUAUUGUUCUCCUAGAACACAGCUCUCCACAUGGCAGCCAAAGGAGGUCAUGCCGAAGUCCUAAAAUACCUUCUCUCUAAACCAGAACAGCUGGUUUCAGUAAACGAGAGAAACCAGAAUAUCUUGGAUAUUGCUAUCGAGGCACGGCAGGAAGCCGUAGCGUUGGCGAUAGUAGAACACAAAAGGUGGGAAAGAAGUUUAAUUUCAAACAGUACCUUUGAAGACUGAUUUUAUAGAGAGACCAGCUUCUGUUUGCGACUUGUAUACGUGGUUUCCUAAAUUGACGCUAUUGAGACUAACACCUCAUCUCUCCUGUUAUUAGAAAACGUGCCAAUGAAACUUAAAUUAAUAAAAUAGAUUUGGCAAAAUAAUCCGAACGUUAAGUGUUUUCUACGUUACUCCAAAUGGUCGCCAUCUUGAAUCCACCAUAAUUGAAUUUAACCCGCCACUUUCGAAAAUCAGGACAAAAUUCAAGGUGCUAAAACAAUUUCAGCAGUCUUGAUGUUAAUUUUCUGGUAGAGUUUGAAGAGACCACUAAAUUAGCAAGCAAAAGAAAAUCUGGAUUUGCCGCCGUUCCCGACCAAGAACGACUAGGAGCUUUAAAGCAAUGACAACGGCGACGGCUACGAAAACGUCAGUAAAAAAGUUUGUUCGCCCUGGUUCAAACUUCAUCGCGUUUAUUCCAUCUCGUUAAAUUCGUCAAAUGUUGGCGAAUUUGUCUGGAGUUAGAUUCUAAAGGACUGUAUCAAAGUUCAGGAAAAGCAACAGAUGGUUGUUGUCUUCUGUUCGCGUCCUCCACAAAACGGGAGAUCAGGCAGUUUCACGUCAUAGUCGUGCAACGACGGCAAGGAAAUGAACAAAAAAGCGUGAUGUGCGUGCAAAAAUUGUUGUUUUUGCCAAUCUAAACCAAUUGCUUUUUUGCCGUUCAUGUUGCCGUCGCCGUUGUCGUUGCUUAAGCUUCCUUUUGCUCAAAAGUGACUUCAAGUCUCACUGGCGGCCAUGGCGUAUUAUCGAUCGCUCUUUUUAAGCACCUAAAAC